GUUUUCUGGAGUUUUAAAUUUUCAAAACAAGUUUGCCCCUUGUUACACGGCACGCUGAUUGACUAGGGUUGGUUGGUCUUGGUAUGGUAAAGGCUGCAUUUCACAUUUCUUGAAGAAUUGUAAUCAGACUUCCGAGAUACAAUGGCGAGUCUCGAGGAGAACUUGAAGACUAUGCUUAGAAUCUUCAGGAGAGAAUGCCACCGAAUUCUGGAAUCGGAGAGGACGACCAUUCGAGGUUCAGACGAGAUGCUUAUGUCCCUACAACUCACUAUGGCUGAAGUGAACAAACAGGAGAGUGGAGAAUUUGGCGUUGCCCUGAGCGACGUCCUCCUGUGCUGGAAGAGCUUGCUGCUCGACCGUCUCCAGCUACCCGACGGCGGGUCACCGCGCCCGGAAAACUACGAGCUUGUGCGGCGAGAGUAUGAGUGCUUCAUGAAGCGCACCAACACUGUGGACCUGAUCGAUGUCUACUUCAUGUAUAAACAGCUCAGGCUGGAUACUGACCCUGAGGAGCUAUUCACCCCAACCCAGCUGCUGCAGUUCCUCCUGGGUUCUCCAGACGGCUCAGAGGAGAGGAGCUCCAUCCCCCCUUGCCCGUCCACCCCCUCCUCUAGCCAGCCCAGGCCCUGCACUGCACAGAUGCGGAGGGUGGCGAGGAGAGUGUUCUGUUCCUACCUGGGCCUUCUGGUCAAUUCCAAGAAUGACCUGUCUCUGGCCAACGUGUUGGACAGUCCCUGCCGUGCUCUUGGACGCACAGCCUUCACAGACAUCAAGCACGCGGCUCGGAACAGUCAAACCUCCCUGUUCCUGGCCGUGACCUCCUUUGUGCGGGCAAUUCAGCUGGGCGGUAAAGGUUAUGCCCCUGCUGAGUCCGACCCACUUAGGAGGCACCUGAAGGGCCUGUGUGAGUUUGUCCACUUCACUGACCAGCUGGAGGAGCUGCUGGGAGAGUCCCCGGAACCCAGUGUGGCCGGAGCUAAGCUUGUGGCCCGCAUGCGUACGGCUCUCCUGAAGGGUUGCAGCAGUGGAGACCCCGUCUAUACGGCGGUGGAUGACGCGGCGAAGGCGCUCAAGGAACGCAUCAGUCAGAUCCAUAGCGCUCACCAGCAGUCGGCUCUCACAAUGGGCAUCAGCCCUGCCAGGCCUAGAGCAUACGCCAUCAACCAUGCGACAGCUUACAUCGGCCGGGACACGGUCAAGGUGCUCAUGAAUCUGCUGGAUGAGGAGGCUCUGGCGCCGACCUGCAGGAACAAGGCAGAACUGCUCACUGAUGACCAAUCAGUGCUCAGUGGAGCAGAGGGAACUUCCCUUCUCAGUCUUUACAAGUGA